UAUACGCCAAGGUGCUUUUUUAGUACUCCUGGUGGGGGUCUCCAUGGAGGGCACUUUUCGUCUGAGAAAAGGUGCAUGGACUGAAGAGGAAGAUAUCCUUCUGAGGCGGUGCAUCGAGAAGCAUGGAGAAGGAAAUUGGUACCAAGUUCCUUCCAGAGCAGGAAUAAAUAGGUGCCGGAAAAGCUGUAGACUGAGGUGGUUGAACUACCUAAGGCCAAACAUCAAGAGAGGGGGCUUCAAAGAAGAUGAAGUUGAUCUAAUGAUGAGGCUCCACAAGCUCUUAGGUAACAGAUGGUCACUGAUUGCUGGUAGGCUUCCGGGAAGAACAGCUAAUGACAUAAAGAACUACUGGAAUACACACCUGUUCAAGAAGAAAAUUUCUUGCAUUAGCGACAUGAAAGAAAAAGCAAAAGAUAUUGCGAAAGUGAACGUGAUAAAACCUCGACCUCGAACCGUCUCCAAAAGUUUGACUUGGUUAUGUGAGAAGCUUACAACUACAGAAAGCUUUGAACCAGAGGACAAUGAUCACAACAUAGCUCAACCAUUAACGCUGUCGGAGAAUAUGAUUAAACGGUCGGAUGGACUGUUAGAUCACAAGGAAUUAGGUGAUGAAAGAACCCAAUGCACCAGAAUUGGAAUAGACGAUGAAACCAGUAGAGUUCUUUGGGCUGGAAAAAGAGCACCAGAAAUAGAAGUGGGAGACACUUUUGAUGAUGAUAGUUUGAGUUGUUUGGCAGCCGACUUCUCUUUUGACAUGAGCUUCUGGGAUUUUCUUAAUGCAGAACAAGAAAUGAUGAUCUAAUGAUGGUCUUUAGCUAUUAUAUUGAAAUGUGAUUCAUCUCCCGCAUUAGAAUAAGUAAAAUCAGAUUGUUAGGAUUCUAUAUAAUUAUAGGAUCACUCAUUCUAUCUAGUAGGAUUAAGUCUUAUUCUUUUUUCUAUUUGUGAAUUAAGAUAUAAGAAGAUUUAUUUACCUCUCAAUAAAGUCAA